GUGUACAGCACAUGGCCCCUGCCUCUUCUUUUAGCACACCGUGUCUCUUUUUAACCGCUUGUUUUAGAGAUUAUUAAAAGUAAACACGUCUUCUUCUGUCGCUGGGAAGCAUGUCUGUAUUUUUAAUCGGACUAGAUAUAUGUUGUGUUAAAAAAGCGGCAGCUAUGUUAGUCGGCAGUGAUUUGUUUCCCCGUGAAUGUGGGCUGCCUUUCCUGCGUUAUCAGCCAUUCACCUUAAUAAUUCCCCAUCAGGAACAAUUCGCAUCGACGGAGUUAGUCAUCCUGGUUCAGCCGCACGGCACCGGUAGCGGCAGUCCGGAUGGGACACAGCGUCCUCCGUGGAUCCUCGUCUCUGACGUUGUUACGGCGCUGACUAAUAACUCGUUAUCCCCAACUCUUCCCUUUUUGCUCACGCCUUUUCACACACCGACUGUAUUGCCGUAGCCCUCUCGCAGCAGCAAGCCCGCCCAGUGACACCGUGUGACAUCACGAACACAAAACGUAGGCCUUGUAUUUCACAUUUUCAUUCAUGAUUUGACACCCCAUGUUCCCGCAUUUGGCCCUUGGAGCGACCCUCCUCCCCCCAAGCCAAUGCCAAACUCCCACCUGCCACAUUCCCACUGCUGUCCGCAUGUAGGCUUUAAUAAUGAAUCACUUUUGUGCUCGUCCCGGUGAUGUUUGCAAUGACAGGCGCAGAUUUCCGUCACUGCUGCCCACUGUACAUGUCAGAAUAACACGGCUGUUUACCAACUAAUGUUUAUUUUUCCUUCUUUUCUUCAGGAGGAGGAGGAGGAGAGGGGUGUGAAUAAGACUGAUGCUCUGACACUCUCUGAGUGCUCUCUGACUAUCCUGCCCACACUCAAAUCCCUAACAGAUUAGGUGUAUACAUUUUUAAAAGUCGUUUUUCGGCGUGCAGUAAAACCUCGCUCGGCGUCGUACCUGCCCCCAGGUUUAAGGAGUGUUCAGGCACAGAAGAAAAGGAGGCUUUCCUUUCAUUAAAACAUUAAGCUCACAAGCACAGAGGACUCCCGAGGGCGUGUCCUGAGAAACUUUUCAGCAGGAUUUCCCUCGCAUGUUGACGGGAUUCCGUCCUGAGCUGUGAGUAUUGCAUAACUUAAUCCAUUGUUUUUCUUCUGGUGUUUUCCAGGUUAUGUAUUAUAUUAUAAAUAAAGAAAAUAAUUGAAAGAAAUAAAUAAAGAUUACUUAUCUAUCCCAGUUACAAUAUCUACAGAAUAUAUAUUAUAGGUUUAUCCAAACUAUAGCAGACUAAUUACAAUUAUAAUUGGGUAAAUAUGCCACUGAUUUCAACGUAACAAUCCUCCACAAUCUAUUACAGAUGUAGGCAUUAUAGGAAUAUUAUGUAUUGCUAUGACUAAAUAAAUGUCCCAAUCAAAAACACACGCAAACAGAGUCCUAAAUAGAUUCUUUCCAUAUUUAUCACCCCCGAGCGUCUUAAAAUUUCCUCUCAGAAAUUGUCAGACGGUGAGAAAUAUCUCGUGCCCGUGAUAUUACCAAAAAAAAGAAGAAGAAGAAAAAAAAGAAAGAAAAGUCUAUUAUUAUCCGUCGACGAGGUGAGCUUCUGGUCCAUUUCAGUGGCAGAGGGAAUCCCUCAACGUCACCAAGGAUACCAAACACAACAUCAGGCACAAAUAUGGGCAUGUACGUCAGCGGAACUCCGAGGCGGGACUAGACCGUUGAAAUGUCUUGCUUCUACUCUGGGCUUCAUUCAUAAGACAAGAUCUGCUACUGUGCACCGUAAUAUAGCAAACGUCCUCCGGCGUUCCGUGAGCGGACUUUAUGGAUGUAUAUUUGCACGUUUGAUAAGGUCGGAUAACGGAGAGCAUUGAGAGGAUUUACCGCUGAACCGGGGAGGACUUCUUCACAGAUUGAACUGGUAGACCUCCCUCCCCCGUCUAAAAGCGGGGAACUGGAUUAAGAGUCUUCAUGCAACUUUUUUGGAAAGAGACCAAGAGCGUUUCACCGGGGAAUAACAAGAAGACUUACACAGUACCUCUCCUCCUUUAGUAAUCUUGUGUGUGCCGCUGCCCUGCCGCUGCAGGUGACAUCGCUCUUUCUCCGGUACCUGCAGGUGUCGCGUUCUCUUUCGGCCCCCCGGGGAGAUGUACCAAGGAUUUCCCGGCGACCCAGACAGCGGUUCCCGUGGAAGCUCGUCUCCAUCUAUAGAGUCCCAGUACCUUUCCUCCGUGGACUCCUUCGGGAGCCCGCCGACCACCAGUGCUCCACAGGAGUGUGUGUCAGCAAGUGCUGGCUUGAGCAUUGUGGGCAGCGGGCCAGGGACAAGUGGCGGAGGUGAGAUGCCCGGUUCAUUCGUGCCAACCGUCACUGCCAUCACCACCAGUCAGGACCUGCAGUGGAUGGUACAGCCAACCCUCAUCUCAUCCCAGGCUUCUGGACAGAGUGGCUCCACCGGGACCACGACCAUGACCCAACCAGCUUCACUGGUUGAUCCGUUUGACAUGCCAGGCCCGAGUUAUUCUUCGGGGUCUGGAUUCACCCCACCGAGUUCAGACACUCCAGGGCCAGCAGCCGGCCCUGUCCGUCAGUCCAGAGCCCGAACUCGCCGUACACGAGAAGAGUCUCUAACACCCGAGGAAGAGGAAAAGAGACGUGUUCGUCGAGAGAGGAACAAGCUGGCUGCUGCCAAAUGCCGAAAUCGCAGACGAGAACUUACAGACAGACUGCAGUCGGAGACAGACCUACUGGAGGAAGCAAAGGCAGAACUGGAGGCAGAGAUCUCAGAGCUACAGAAGGAGAAGGAGCGCUUGGAGUUUGUGCUGGUGGCUCACCAGGCAAACUGUAAGAUCCCAUACCAGGACCAGCCUCAGCAGGGCUCAGCACAGCUGCCUCCAGUGCAGUCUCAGCUGCCUCCCCAGGCCUUACAACCGCCUGUCUCCAUUGUGGGCUUGACUGUGAAGGAAGACUCUUUCUAUCUUCCUCCUGCCUACACAGCCCAUCCGGCCUCCACACAGUCCCAGCCUCCGGUUCAACAGCAGCAGCAAGUCCAGCAGCAGCCUCAGCCUGGAAUAAUGCAGGAGGUAGAGUUUUCUAGUUCUUUUUAUGGCUCAAGUGAGCCAGCACCUGGUGGGCCAUGCCUUAUGGUCAACGACAGUGGUGGUGGUGGUGUUAACCAUGACGAUGCGGCCAUUGGCAGCUACAACACCUCAUACACAUCUUCAUUUGUGUUCACCUACCCAGAGGGAGCCUGCGGGGUCAGUGCCAACCAGCGGAACAGCAGUAGCGAGCAGUCGUCCGAUUCUCUGAACUCGCCUUCUCUGCUGGCACUCUGACUGACCGACAGACACACGCAUACACAUGUUAACACACACGCACAUUAUUCUCUCUGGAAGUAGAGGCUGAAGUACAAGCACAGUACCUCUCAGCCUCACCGAUUGAGGAAAAAAAAUAACAACAAAAACAACCAAUGGUUUACAUCUGAUUGGAUUAUAAGUUUACACAUUCUGAAAUGUAUCCUAAUUAAGAGCCAUACAAAUAGUUGCACAUUAGGUCUAACCUUUAACAUUCACUAUAUUUUAGUUUUCUAUUACACUCGCAACUGGACAUUAUGGGUGAAUAAAAACUGGGUUACGAAAACCGAGUCCACGUUGCCAAUCUUAACUUCUGUGGCUUAACAGAUUAAUUCACAGUGAAUUCCCUUAUGCUUGUACUCUGAUUGAGUAAGAAACAACACGAUCACGUUACACUCCGACAAGCACAAGCGCCCCUAACUUGUUCCCUCUGUCGGUUGGCCCUCUUCCAGUGCUCCCAUCCUUUUCCAUGCUUUUCUUCCUCUCGCUGAAUGUAUUUGUGCAAAUCUGAAAUAGGGACGAAGGACGCUCUGUUCAGGGUCUCUUCUCGUGGGAGACAGGCUGCUGAUCUCUCGCUCACCUCUAACUGUUCAUCUGCUCGACUUCCCUCUGCUUCUUCAUUUGCUGUUUGGACUUGGCAAGUUAAGGAUCUGAGUGUCACAGCCCGCCACUAAAUCUUGUGCUUUUUCCUUCUCUCGUUUUUUCUUCUUCUUUUUUUUUUUUUAACAAAAAAACCACACAAAAAAAAAAAUCUUCUGACGUCUGCCUACCUGCUGUGCGACCCAUCUCUACCCAUCUCUGUUUUCUCCUCUUCUGUCUCUUUCUCCUUCUCUCUGAAGUCUUCGACCCCCGAGAGCCCGAAGACACCCUCCAGCCCUUGGGACCUUGAGUGAAAGCCGGCUCAACUAACAUGCCCCCCUUUGCACCCUGUCACACAAGGACAUGGACGCAAGCCCAACCAAACGGAAGAGUCUUUUCUUGGAGCACGUUGCUCAAAUCCUUACAGUGAACAGCAGCUAAAUACUCUGAACACGCACACAGACGCAUAAUUGAUGAACACACACAUGCAAAAAAAAAAAAAAAAAAUGCAAGAUGGAUGCCACUGUCUUCUGCUGAGCCAUUUUUCAUGUUGUUCACACAAUGAAGAUUAGACACACCAGUUGUGAGGAUAUAGAGAGACUUAAGGAAUUAAGGAAGCAAGCAGGAAAGGCUCUGAGGGAGUCCGGAUAGAGGAUGGCUCUCAUUUUAACGACGGAUUUUUGUGACCAAAAGUUUAAAAAAAAGGAAACAAAACAAAACAACAGCAGAAAAAAAGAAUAAAAAACCAAACAAAACACACACACAAAAAAAUCUUCUCUUGCCAACUGUGUGGAAGGGUGACCUCAGUAAAAACACCUCCAUACCACAGAGCCUCAUCGCCCUGGGCCGACAUGCGUAUAUUCACGCCAUCGCUUUCAACAACUGACGAUGUUUGCUGCAGCGCACCAGCUCAGAGUUUUGCUCACACUCAUUCAGAUGUGAACCGAUGCCUUUAUUUAGAGGAGAGACUUUUUCUUUUUUUUUUCUUUUUUGGGGAUAGUGAUUCAGACAACCUCUAAACAUUGGGCUCAGUGGUCUCUGUACCUCCUCUGUUCUCUAGCGGGGAUGAGGCGGAGGUGCGUUUAUUGUGAGUGCGUCCACUCUGAGGCACCUGGCCCGUUUAUUUCUUUCUUUAUUGAGGUUGAUGGGGCCAGUGAGCACAAAAGCAAGAUCUGGAAACGAAAGGGGAGAACGUGUGGGCUGUUGUUUUGGAGUAAAGCGUCCUUUCCUUUGCCUGUGAAUUUGUAAUUUUUUUUUUCCCUGUAUGUUUGAGUAAGAACCGUUAUAUAUUUUAAUGUUUAUAUUUGUUUGUGUGUUUAAUUGUUUUGCAUUGACCUCCGCUUUCUCCUGUACUGUUACCGUUUAUUAUUAUUUUUGUAUGUUUUGUCGUUUUAAGUGGGAGAUUUCUUCACAAAUGUUCCGAUUAUAUCUGCAUUGUACUUAUUGUUUUAUUAUCUUAUUGUAUUUUUUUCAUUUGGCAACUUUGGAGGCAUGCUGUGCACUACGAGGAAAAAAAAUUUAAGUCCAUACCCAUCUACAUAGUUAAAGAUAACAUGUAUAUAUAUAAAACUAUAUAUACCAUGAUGUAUGAAUGUCUGUAGAUCUAAAUGGGAUAUUUUUGUCAAUGAAGAACAAGAUAAAAUAGUAAAAUCAAUAUUUUUCUAAAUGAACAAACAUAUAUAUAUAUAUAUAUUAUAAAGUACUGCCCUGUCCCUCAACAUGAAGCACGAUGUCACUGCCUCUGUCAAUGUGUAUUUAUGUUUUAUAAACGAUAUAAAGCACUAUCCGAGUUACAUUAAAUGUAUGUUUAUAAUGAUGAUGAUGUUAGAAGGUUGUGGUAAUGCCUUUGUUUUGUUUGUGUUUUCCUCUGUGAGGUCUGUCCCAAAGCUACUGACACCUUAACGCCACUUGCUCCUUAGCAGAAAACGAGGGCAAAAAAAGUGAUUGAAUGUCAAUGCGCAUAUUAAAAGUGUAAGUGUUCAGAUGAAAACAUGACGAUUAAACUGUUUGAUUUUUAAGGACAAAGUAUUUGACACCCAGUGUAAACAUGCCACUCAGUGGCGUUCGUAUUUCCGAUAAAAAGUGUUUGAAGCAUAACUGCAGCCUUGAUUGAUGGGCGUCAUCAUGUUAAAGCUGAUCCCCUGGUAUAAUCGACAAUACAUGUUGCCUGUCUGAGAUUAAAAAAAAAAAAAAAAAAAUCAAAUGUUGUUAUUGCAUUUGCUGGAUGAGAAGCUUUAUUUUUCAACUAAUAAACAUGUUUAUUCCAAAAAGAAAAGAAAUUGCUGGAUUAAUGGUAUAAAUCUUUGCUAAAAUGUGGCUCUGGGUGGUCAGAAAAUGGGCAGACCUCAUGUUUUUUUGUUUCGUUUUUUAAAUGUUGUAUAAGGACUGUGUUUGUACAGAUGUUGGAGAUGCCUUUUUGAUCUCUAUCCAAAUGCAAAUGUGAUGAGAAUAUGUUCUGGUGUCAGAAUAAGCAUAAAACAUAUUCAAUA